GUCGUCCCAUUCCACCUACGUCCUCGUCUAGCCUUCUCCCAUCUGGUCAACUGCCCAGCUCCCAUAAUCCACCACCAGUUAGCUGCCAGAUGCCCUUGCUAGACAGCAAUACUUCCCAUCAAAUUAUGGACACCAACCCUGAUGAGGAGUUCUGCCCAAAUUCAUACCUACUAAGAGCAUGCACAGGGCCACAGCAAACUUCCACCAGUGGGCCUUCAAAUCAUCACAGUCAGUCAACUCUGAGACCACCUCUUCCACCACCUCACAAUCAUACUCUAUCCCAUCACCAUUCUUCUGCCAACUCCCUCAACAGGAAUUCCUUAACAAAUCGGCGGAACCAGAUCCAUGCGCCAGCUCCUGCACCAAAUGAUUUAGCCACCACUCCUGAAUCUGUUCAGUUACAGGAUAGCUGGGUGCUGAAUAGCAACGUGCCUCUUGAGACCAGGCAUUUUUUGUUCAAGACAUCAUCUGGAACAACUCCUCUCUUCAGUAGUUCUUCCCCUGGAUACCCAUUGACCUCAGGAACAGUUUACACACCACCUCCCCGACUGUUACCUAGAAAUACUUUCUCCAGAAAUGCAUUCAAGCUGAAAAAGCCCUCUAAAUACUGUAGCUGGAAGUGUGCUGCUUUAUCAGCUAUCGCUGCUGCAAUCUUGCUUGCUAUACUGUUGGCCUAUUUCAUAGCAAUGCAUAUGCUUGGGCUAAAUUGGCAGCUACAACCAGUAGAUGGACACACCUUUAACAAUGGAAUAAGGACAGGCUUGCCAGGUUCUGAUGAUGUAGCAACCAUGCCAUCUGGAGGUAAAGGACCAUGGGCCACUAGAAACAAUAGCAUUGACAGUGGGGAGGCAGAGGUCGGACGGAGGGUCACGCAAGAAGUGCCACAAGGAGUAUUCUGGCGAGCACAAAUUCACAUUGCGCAGCCACAGUUCCUGAAAUUCAAUAUCUCUUUAGGGAAGGAUGCACUUUUUGCUGUCUAUAUAAGAAGAGGACUUCCACCAUCCCAUGUACAGUAUGAUUUUAUGGAACGUUUAGAUGGAAAAGAGAAAUGGAGUGUCGUGGAGUCUCCUCGUGAGCGUCGAAGUAUCCAGACGCUGGUUCAGAAUGAAGCCGUAUUUGUUCAGUAUUUGGACGUGGGGCUGUGGCACCUUGCUUUUUACAAUGAUGGCAAAGAUAAAGAAGUGGUUUCUUUCAGUACUGUCAUAUUGGAUUCUGUACAGGACUGUCCACGCAAUUGUCAUGGGAAUGGCGAAUGUGUAUCUGGAAUCUGUCAUUGUUUUCCUGGCUACCAUGGGGCAGACUGUGCAAAAGCUGCGUGUCCAGUUCUGUGCAGUGGCAAUGGACAAUACACCAAAGGAGCCUGUUUGUGCUACAGUGGCUGGAAAGGGCCAGAGUGUGACAUACCCAUCAGCCAGUGUAUUGAUCCGUCAUGCGGAGGCCAUGGUUCUUGCAUUGAAGGGAACUGUGUUUGCUCUGUAGGAUACAAAGGCGAAAACUGUGAGGAAGUUGAUUGCUUGGAUCCAUCCUGUUCCAACCAUGGUGUCUGUGUAAAUGGAGAAUGCCUCUGUAGCCCAGGCUGGGGAGGUUUAAAUUGUGAACUUCCACGUGCCCAGUGUCCAGACCAGUGCAGUGGGCAUGGCACAUAUCUCUCUGAUACAGGCCUCUGUAACUGUGAUCCUAACUGGAUGGGUCCUGACUGCUCCGUUGAAGUAUGUGCUGUAGACUGUGGCACUCAUGGUGUAUGCAUUGGCGGAGCAUGUCGCUGUGAAGAGGGCUGGACAGGGAUAGCCUGUGACCAACGUGUUUGCCAUCCCCGCUGCACAGAACAUGGAACUUGUAAAGAUGGAAAAUGUGAAUGCCGAGAGGGCUGGAAUGGGGAGCACUGCACCAUUGAUGGCUGCCCUGAUUUGUGCAAUGGCAAUGGGAGAUGCACACUCGGUCAGAACAGCUGGCAGUGUGUCUGCCAGACCGGCUGGAGAGGGCCUGGAUGCAAUGUUGCUAUGGAAACCUCCUGUGCUGAUAACAAGGAUAAUGAGGGAGAUGGCCUCAUUGAUUGUCUGGAUCCAGAUUCGACGGAGUAUUACUUGAGCACUGGCAUUGAAUUAAAUUUCUUUUCCAGCCUGGUAUCUCUGAUAAGGGGCCAAGUGGUGACUACAGAUGGAACCCCACUUGUUGGAGUCAAUGUGUCAUUUGUCAAGUAUCCAAAAUAUGGCUACACCAUCACUCGCCAGGAUGGCACGUUUGAUUUGAUUGCAAAUGGAGGAGGAUCUCUAACUCUUCAUUUUGAACGAGCUCCAUUCAUGAGUCAAGAGAAGACAGUGUGGCUACCAUGGAAUAGCUUCUAUGCAAUGGAUACCCUCACUAUGAAAACUGAAGAGAACUCUAUUCCCAGCUGUGACUUAAGUGGUUUUAUCAGACCCGAUCCUGUUAUAAUUUCAUCACCACUUUCCACCUUUUUCAGUGAUGCCCCUGGUCGAAAUUCAAUUGUUCCAGAGACCCAGGUUCUUCAUGAAGAAAUUGAGAUUCCAGGUGCCAACAUAAAGCUCUGCUAUCUGAGUUCCCGUACUGCUGGAUACAGAUCCUUGCUUAAAAUCACCAUGACACAAUCUCUUGUGCCUCUGAACUUAAUUAAAGUUCAUCUCAUGGUAGCAGUGGAAGGGCAUCUUUUCCAAAAGUCAUUCCAAGCAUCUCCCAAUUUGGCAUAUACUUUCAUUUGGGAUAAAACAGAUGCCUAUGGCCAGAAAGUUUACGGGCUCUCGGAUGCUGUAGUGUCUGUGGGCUUCGAGUAUGAGACCUGUCCCAGUCUGAUUUUAUGGGAAAAAAGGACUGCUCUACUGCAAGGCUUUGAACUUGACCCUUCAAAUCUAGGUGGUUGGUCAUUGGAUAAGCAUCAUGUUCUUAAUAUAAAAAGUGGUAUUCUACACAAAGGUAGUGGAGAGAAUCAGUUUUUAACUCAACAACCAGCAGUAAUUACCAGCAUUAUGGGAAAUGGUCGUCGGCGAAGUAUCUCCUGCCCAAGUUGCAAUGGACUUGCAGAAGGAAACAAACUUCUUGCUCCUGUGGCACUUGCAGUGGGAAUUGAUGGGAGCCUGUUUGUUGGGGAUUUCAACUACAUUCGACGCAUCUUUCCCUCAAGGAACGUCACCAGCAUUUUGGAGCUAAGAAAUAAAGAAUUUAAACAUAGUAACAAUCCUGCCCACAAGUACUAUCUAGCUGUGGAUCCUGUUUCAGGCUCUCUUUAUGUUUCGGAUACCAACAGUCGUCGUAUUUAUAAAGUCAAGAGCCUUACUGGUGCAAAAGACCUGGCUGGUAAUUCGGAAGUGGUUGCAGGGACAGGAGAGCAGUGCCUGCCUUUUGAUGAGGCCAGAUGUGGUGAUGGAGGGAAAGCAAUAGAUGCAACAUUAAUGAGCCCUCGAGGUAUUGCAGUGGAUAAAUAUGGCCUUAUGUACUUUGUUGAUGCAACAAUGAUCAGGAAAGUUGAUCAGAAUGGUAUCAUAUCAACUCUGCUAGGCUCUAACGAUCUAACUGCUGUUCGGCCACUGAGCUGUGAUUCCAGCAUGGAUGUUACCCAGGUGCGACUGGAAUGGCCAACUGAUCUGGCUGUCAAUCCAAUGGAUAACUCACUGUAUGUUUUGGAGAAUAAUGUCAUUUUGCGAAUCACUGAGAACCAUCAGGUUAGCAUUAUUGCUGGUCGUCCAAUGCACUGUCAGGUUCCUGGGAUAGACUACUCUCUUAGUAAACUGGCCAUUCAUUCUGCUUUGGAGUCAGCCAGUGCCAUUGCCAUCUCACACGCUGGCAUUCUUUACAUCAGUGAAACAGAUGAGAAAAAAAUUAACCGGCUUCGUCAGGUCACCACGAAUGGCGAGAUUUGUCUUCUGGCUGGGGCAGCUUCAGACUGUGACUGCAAAAAUGACGUCAACUGUAAUUGCUAUGCUGGGGAUGAUGCUUAUGCAACUGAUGCCAUCUUAAACACCCCGUCCUCCUUAGCGGUAGCACCAGAUGGUACAAUUUAUAUAGCAGAUCUUGGAAACAUACGCAUCAGAGCAGUCAGCAAAAAUAAACCAAUCCUCAACUCUUUCAACCAAUAUGAAAUUGCUUCACCAAGAGAGCAGGAGCUGUACAUCUUCAACAUUGAUGGUAUCCAUCAAUAUACUCUCAGUCUUGUCACAGGGGAAUAUCUAUAUAAUUUCACCUAUAGUACUGAUAACGAUGUGACUGAGUUGGUUGAUAAUAACGGCAACUCUCUGAAAAUUAGGCGGGACACCAAUGGAGCUGCACGCCAUUUUUUAAUGCCUGACAAUCAAAUUGUGACUCUUGCUGUCAGCACCAACGGUGGUCUCAAAGCAGUGUCAACCCAGACCUUGGAACUUGGAUUAAUGACAUAUCAUGGAAGCAGUGGUCUCCUGGCAACAAAAAGUGAUGAAACGGGAUGGACAACCUUUUAUGAUUAUGACCAUGAAGGACGCCUUACCAAUGUAACUCGCCCUACUGGUGUAGUAACCAGCCUUCAUCGUGAAAUGGAAAAGUCUAUUACUAUAGAUAUUGAAAACUCCAACCGUGAUGAUGAUGUCACAGUAAUUACCAAUCUCUCCUCUGUGGAGGCAUCCUACACAGUUGUUCAAGAUCAAGUGAGAAACAGCUAUCAGCUCUGCAGUAAUGGUACCCUGCGAGUGAUGUAUGCAAAUGGAAUGGGUAUUAGUUUCCACAGUGAGCCACAUGUCCUAGCUGGGACUGUGACCCCAGCAAUAGGACGAUGUAAUAUUUCACUGCCAAUGGAAAACGGCUUAAAUUCAAUAGAGUGGCGCCUCAGAAAAGAACAAAUUAAAGGAAAAGUUACUGUGUUUGGAAGAAAGCUCAGGGUCCAUGGAAGAAAUUUGCUGUCGAUUGAUUAUGAUCGGAACAUUCGUACAGAGAAAAUAUACGAUGAUCACCGGAAGUUUACACUUCGUAUUAUUUACGAUCAGCUUGGACGCCCUUUUCUCUGGCUACCCAGCAGUGGACUUGCUGCUGUGAAUGUCUCUUAUUUUUCAAAUGGACGAUUGGCUGGGCUUCAGCGUGGUGCCAUGAGUGAAAGAACAGAGAUUGACAAACAAGGCAGGAUUAUUGCUCGCAUGUUUGCUGAUGGAAAAGUGUGGAGUUAUACAUACUUAGAAAAAUCUAUGGUGCUACUCCUUCAAAGUCAGCGGCAGUACAUCUUUGAAUAUGACUCUUCAGAUCGGCUGCAUGCUGUCACUAUGCCAAGUAUAGCUCGACACAGCAUGAGCACUCACACCUCAAUCGGCUAUAUUCGAAAUAUUUAUAACCCACCUGAAAGUAAUGCUUCAGUGAUUUUUGAUUACAGCGAUGAUGGAAGGAUUUUGAAAACAUCUUUUUUAGGAACUGGUCGGCAAGUUUUCUACAAAUACGGGAAGUUAUCCAAGUUGUCGGAGAUUGUGUAUGACUGCACAGCAGUGACUUUUGGAUAUGAUGAAACUACUGGAGUUCUGAAGAUGGUCAACCUACAGAGUGGGGGCUUUUCUUGCACCAUCCGCUAUCGUAAAAUUGGCCCUCUGGUUGACAAACAGAUUUACAGAUUCUCUGAAGAAGGUAUGGUCAAUGCUAGGUUUGAUUAUACCUAUCAUGAUAAUAGUUUUCGAAUAGCUAGCAUCAAGCCUAUAAUAAGUGAGAUCCCUCUUCCAGUUGACCUCUAUCGUUAUGAUGAAAUCUCAGGCAAAGUAGAGCACUUUGGCAAAUUUGGGGUAAUCUAUUAUGAUAUAAAUCAAAUAAUCACUACGGCUGUAAUGACACUGAGCAAACAUUUUGAUACACACGGACGGAUUAAAGAAGUUCAGUAUGAAAUGUUCCGAUCACUCAUGUAUUGGAUGACAGUGCAAUAUGACAGCAUGGGAAGGGUAACUAAGAGAGAAUUAAAGCUUGGGCCUUAUGCCAAUACAACUAAAUAUACAUAUGAUUAUGAUGGAGACGGGCAGCUCCAGAGUGUGGCAGUCAAUGACAGACCAAACUGGCGUUACAGUUAUGAUCUAAAUGGCAACUUGCAUCUCUUGAAUCCUGGGAACAGUAUCCGAUUGAUGCCACUGCGCUAUGAUCUAAGAGAUAGAAUUACACGACUAGGUGAUAUGCAGUAUAAAAUUGAUGAUGAUGGUUUUCUGUGUCAAAGAGGUUCUGACAUAUUUGAGUACAAUUCCAAGGGCCUCUUAACAAGAGCUUAUAAUAAAGCAAAUGGAUGGAGUGUUCAAUACCGUUACGAUGGAUUAGGAAGACGAGCUUCUUACAAAACUAACUUGGGACAUCACCUUCAAUAUUUUUAUGCUGACCUUCACAACCCAACUAGGAUAACACACGUGUAUAACCACUCAAAUUCAGAAAUUACCUCUCUGUACUAUGAUCUGCAAGGUCAUCUUUUUGCAAUGGAAAGCAGCAAUGGAGAAGAAUAUUAUGUUGCCUCGGAUAAUACGGGUACACCACUGGCAGUUUUCAGUAUCAACGGUCUAAUGAUCAAGCAACUGCAGUACACAGCCUAUGGGGAGAUCUAUCAUGAUUCUAAUCCUGACUUCCAAAUAGUCAUUGGAUUUCAUGGAGGGCUAUAUGAUCCCUUAACAAAACUGGUCCAUUUUACUCAAAGAGAUUAUGAUGUUUUGGCUGGACGUUGGACCUCUCCUGAUUAUACAAUGUGGAACAAUGUUGGUAAGGAACCUGCCCCAUUCAACUUGUAUAUGUUCAAGAGCAACAAUCCUCUCAGCAAUGAACUGGAUUUAAAGAACUAUGUGACAGAUGUGAAAAGCUGGCUAGUGAUGUUUGGCUUUCAACUCAGCAACAUUAUACCCGGCUUCCCAAGAGCAAAAAUGUACUUCGUCCCACCUCCUUAUGAACUGUCGGAAUCGCAGGCCUGUGAACGUGGUCAGUUAAUUACCGGCGUGCAGCAAACAACAGAGAGGCACAACCAAGCCUUCAUGGCCCUUGAGGGACAAGUCAUAUCAAAAAGAUUACAUGCCUAUCGUAGAGAAAAAGCAGGUCACUGGUUUGCAACCACUACUCCAAUUAUAGGUAAGGGGAUCAUGUUUGCUGUGAAAGAAGGCAAGGUAACCACCGGCAUCUCAAGCACUGCAACGGAAGACAGCCGAAAAAUUGCGUCAGUGCUGAACAAUGCUUACUACUUGGACAAAAUGCACUACAGCAUUGAGGGGAAAGACACCCAUUAUUUUGUCAAGAUUGGCUCCUCUGAUGGUGAUCUUGUCACCCUAGCCAUGACAAGUGGACGCAAAGUAUUGGACAGUGGAGUCAAUGUUACAGUGUCCCAGCCAACCCUCCUAAUCAAUGGAAGGACUCGAAGGUUUACCAACGUUGAAUUCCAAUAUUCUACUUUAUUGAUUAACAUACGUUACGGUCUGACCCCAGACACUCUGGAUGAAGAAAAGGCUAGAGUUCUGGACCAAGCUCGGCAGCGGGCUUUGGGGUCAGCCUGGGCCAAAGAGCAACAGAAGGCACGGGAUGGCAAAGAGGGGAGCCGCCUGUGGACUGAAGGAGAGAAGCAGCAGCUUUUGAGCACAGGGAGAGUCCAAGGGUAUGAAGGAUACUAUGUGCUCCCAGUAGAGCAGUAUCCAGAGCUGGCAGACAGUAGCAGCAACAUCCAGUUCUUAAGACAGAAUGAAAUGGGAAAGAGGUAACCAAUCAAUCUGCUGUCAUCCUUGCCUGGAUGAAUCAGUAGUUACAACUGUUAUCUCCUCUCCUAAGGAGAUGAAGACCAUCGGGGGCACUCGGCUGAGCUGCUUUGGGAUAAGGAGUGGCAAGUGAGCUCACAUUUUUUGAGUCAAAUGCUGCUGUUGGAAGGAUUAAGAACUACAUCCUGAAGUGGACUAAAGCCAGACUGAACACUUUUAAGUCACUUAAGUUCAAAAGUACCCCAUAAAUAUUACCCACUUGUUGUGGGUCUAAAGAAAAAAAUAAUAAUUUCACAACAAAAAAAAAAGAUUGAAAAAGAAGGCCUCAUCUUAUAUUACCUCACUCCAUUCACAUGUGAGCAAAUUUGUUCAAGAAAUCUAAGAGGGCCACCCACCAUCCACUAAGUCAGCUGAUGAGAAAGAUUCUUCAGGCUGCUUGUUUGAUAAACAUUCUCGAGGUUUUUUUUCAUUUAAAAGCAAAAUACAGGUGCAUUUAAUACAUGACUUCUGGGGUGAUUUGUGUGUAGCAACUGGAAGAAAGGAGAACAGGAGCAACAGAGCACUGGAAAUAGGAACAGAAAUAUACUAAGGAAUAUAAAUCUGAACUUGCACUCUGACCCUGCUUAUGUCUGGCCUAAGGUUAACUUAUUCAAAGAGGGCAGAGUGUAAAGUUCAAUUUGAAAUUGUGGCUAUAAAUCACUACUGAUAAAUUUCAUACUCUGUUUGUCUUUGAAGAUUCCAUUGUGGACAGUAACACAGUUGCAGGGUGUAGUCUGUUUAGAUUCAGUAGUUUGUUGGUCAGUUCUGGUAGAGCUGUGGGCAUUGUGUUAACACUGUUGCAAAUGGGCACCAAUUCAGAUCACCCUGUACAUACAUCAGCCAGAAGGCACAAUCACUGUUUCAGAUUUUAAAAAGAAAAAAUAUUAGUGUGUUUGUUUGGUCAAGAAACUGAGACAAUCACAUUAUGGUCACUAAGAAAAAUAAAAAAAAAUAAAAAUAAAAAACAAGUCUAAUAAGAACUUUGGUACAAAACUUUUUUGUAUUAUACAUGUAUGAAUUGUUCAUUGAGUUUUUAUAUUAAUUUUAAUUUGCUGCUAAGCAAAGAAUAGAGACAGGCAAAGAUAAUUUAUGGCAAAGUGUUUAAAUUGUUUAUACAUAAAUAAAGUCUC